UUUUCUGCCCACGAUCAAAAAGUCCUUAGCGAUUUCAAGGUCCGCGGCUCCAGCAAACAACCAACUAACGGGACAGCAUAAUCGACAACUGAUCACCGUCACAAUGGGCGACGCAGUCAUUGAGGGUUCGAACUGGCGCCUCGUUGAGGUUGGCCGUGUCGUUGUUAUCAACGGCGACCACCCCUUCGCCGGCCGCCUGGCCACGAUCGUCGAGAUCAUCGACCACAAGCGAAUUCUCGUCGACGGUCCUUCCGCGAACGCUAGCCUCGCUGUUCCCCGACAAGCCGUUCCCCUCAGCAAGGUCCUCCUCUCCUCUCUUAUCGUCGAGGGCUUGAACCGCGGUUCCCGAACUGGUGUCGUCCGAAAGCUCUGGGAGAAGUCCGAGAUCGACUCCAAGUGGGAGCAGACCAACUGGGCUAAGAAGCGGGAUCAGAUGGAGCGGAGGAAGGGUCUCACCGACUUCGAGCGCUUCCAGGUUCUCCGACUCAAGAAGCAGCGACGAUUCGAGGAGCGCAAGGCUCUGGCCAAGGUCAAGGCCUCCGCAUAAAUGGGUCAUUAAGCUGGAGUCACGGAGGUGCUUGAAAGUCGGGUUUAGAUCAAGUGGCACGGAACUGGGCAGGAAACACAUCACGGCGGUAUAGAGGCUGCUGGAUUCACUUUUGCUCCGUUCUGGAAGGCUGUAUGUCACACUUCAUCAUCAUGAUGAACGGCGUCAAUACGGAAAUUCUGAGAUCAACUGAAUUCAAAGCAUAAGGAGCAUCAAAAAAGAACAUGGAUUCAUUGUGAACUGUAGCCGAAAUAAAAAUGAAAUGAAUACCCCAAAA